UGGUGGUCGGUCUGUGUGCGCGCGCAUGCGCGGUGCGGUCGGUUCGUCAGUAUGAAGAGUGAAUGGUAGCAGUGUCUGCUGCAGCAGAGAUGAAGACUCCUCCUGACAGGGCAGGAAUCAUAUUUGAGGUUGGAGCACAGGUGGAAGCCCGAGAUCGACAGAAGACCUGGUACCCUGCUACGAUCGAAAAGAUCGAUUUUGACAAAGAGCGAGUCUUGAUCCACUACCGUCAGUGGAGCCGACGGCACAAUGAGUGGUUUCACUGGAACUCGCCGUAUCUGCGGCCGCUGGAACGCGUCAGUCUGAGGAGACAAGGCCGCAAUCCUCCAAACUCUCAACCGAUGUUUGUCUCCGGGACAAAGGUCCUGGCCUGUUGGACCGACUGUCGUUUCUACCCGGCCAAAAUCCUGCGGGUCAACAAAGAUGACUCGUACACAGUGCGCUUCUAUGACGGCGUGGUCAGGACUGUGAAGCCCACCAAGGUCAAACCUUUCCAGGAAAAAUCAAAGUCGGAGAAGAGUGCCGUGGGAAGCGAGGGAUGGGAGGAAGGAGAGAGUGAGGAGGAGCAUGAGGAAGAUGGAGGACAAGGAGAGGAAAGACAGGGGGAGAAGAAGGAGGAGGAGAUGGAGGAGAAGGUCACAUCAGAGAAGGAAAGAGCAGCAGAAGGAGAAGAGGAGGAGACGAAGAGGACGACAGAAACUUCAUCCUCUCAUCCACCAGCAAAGCAGAAAACAGACGACAAUAAAAGCAGCGGAGCACAGAAUCAGCCGAUCACAACUGACUCCGCCCAGUCGACUGCUUUCAACUCCGCCCACAUCAACAGAGACGUUCUUUUGGAGCGACAAGUUCACCUGCCAACCACGCACAAAUUCAGCAGAGAGCCGUUGUACAGAGUCAUUAAGAACCAGCCUCCUCCCAUCCUCUCCAUUGAGUUGGACCACAAUCCGUUCAAGUGUCCGGCACCGGACUGUACCAAGUCUUUCAGGAAGGCGAGUCUGCUUCACUACCACAUCAAGUAUUACCACUCUGACCAGCAGCUGGACGAGCGAGGCGGCGAGGAGGAGGCGCCGAGGAGGAAGCGGUCGUCGUCUGAAGGAGGUGAUCAGGCGUCAGAGAGGAAGCAUGAGAACCAAAGUAUCGUCUGUCAUCAUGAUGACACGGAGCAAAGCAUCAUGGGAACAGCAGAGGUAAAGAAGGAUGUGGGGAGGGACAGGAGUGGAGGACAGAACAGGAAGGAGAGGAAGAACUUCCUGAGGGUCAAACUAAAGAAGAAGAAAAAAAAGAAGAAGAAGAAAAAGAAAAGUCAGUCUGGACUUGGCAGCAGUGACGAUGAGAACGUGAACAAACCUCCGAUUGCUGUGAAGCUUUCCCCCAGACCUGACGACACGCAGCCACAAGGUGGCGACACAAACAGAUUCGAUGAAGGCAGCGACUGGUCGACGCUCACAGCAGAGAGUGGCGAGGACACGCCCUCUUGGCCUGUUGCUAUGGACACAGACGAGUGUGAGGUGGUGAGGUGUGUGUGUGAGGUGAACGAGGAAAACGACUUCAUGAUCCAGUGCGAGUCAUGUCUGUCUUGGCAGCAUGGAACCUGUAUGGGAUUAUAUGAAGACAACGUCCCUCACAACUACAUCUGUUACUACUGCAGACACACUGCAGGUUGGAGGCGGUCUCUGUGCCUGCGAUCGGAGCCUGAUUUGCUGAUAUCUGGUCACAUGUUCGGGCUGUCGUGUGUGAAGGAGAACUACUCUGAGAUGAACUCGUCAAAGAUCACACACACAAACCGUCUGAUGUCUCACACUCACGGUCUCAGUCAGGUCCUCAGUGGACUGCAGCUGAAGAUCAGCCUCUUACACUCUCCGUCCCACCCUGAUCUAAAACUGUGGAGGUUACCAUGGAGAUGGGAAGAGGAACCCAGACUGGCGCCCAGCCCAGCAGGAGAACCGGCUCUCAGUUAUGUCAGCAGCGAGCACUGCUACCAGAAGCCUGGAGCAUCAUGGGAAAAAACAGAGGAGACACAGGAAGACAGUGGACACACGGACAUAAAGACUGAAGAUGGCGACAGACACGUGACCGACACGACCGCGGACGAUUGCAGAAACAUGGUGGCGGCAACCUUCGCAGAGGAGCGCAGCCAUGGCGAUUUACGCAACGUCAAGACAGAGCGUCACACACACACGGAACACAGGAAACACACACACAGCGGGACACACACACCUGUGACACACGAGUGUGAGCUGAACCUGCUGGAACACGUGGAGUCUCUUCAACAGCAGAUCAGUGCGAGGAUGGAUGUGAUAGAGAGAGAGCUAGACGUCUUGGAGUCCUGGUCCGACCUCUCAGGCGAGCUGGAGCCUCCCGACCCUUUGUCCCGCCUCCCGGAGCUGAAACAGCGAAUCAGGCGGCUGCUGUGUGACCUCUGCACCGUGCGACGCCUGUCGUUCUGUCACUGACACACACCUCCCUCCUUCACCUCUGAACUCUGUGACCUGGGAGGUUACUGACAGAGAGAUGGACGAGACCAGAUCACUGACUGUUGUCAGAGAAAACUGUUUCACUGGCAGGACAGCGCCCCCUGUGGUGGUCGCAAAAGAGGACUUUUUUUUUUUAUAAAAUGACUGAACAGGAGAUUUUUAGUAUUUAAAUUUCACAAAGGUACAAAACAAACGCUUCCAUCAUGAUGCCAAGACUGCUUUGAUUUUUGUUUGAUUUUGUUUAAAAGAGAUUUCUGUUGUGUUCUGUGAAUCAAGUGUUAGGAGCUAAGGCUGAACUUUAGUGCAUGCAGCUAACCAGGCUAACGGUCUUCCUGCUGUGCAAUAACAUAACCACACUGACAUCUGAGCAGCACUUUGUCCCAAAUAUGUUUCUGUCGCUCGACUGUGUCAUUGAAGGGAUUUUUGUUUUGUUUUGCUUUAUUUCAGAUUCAUGUUGAAGCUCAUCCUUUAAUUUUUAACCAAGCGUUUUUUUCUCUAUGACAAAACAUUUUAAAGCUCACGCCACAUGGUCGUUCUCUGACACGACAAACACAAAAACAGGCUUGUGUGUAAAUAUUCUUUUUUUUAUGUGACUGUAAAAAAAAGCUGCAGAUUUAUUUUGAUAGAUUAAGACGAGCUUCUGUUUAUGAAGCUGCAGGAGAGUUUUAGUGAAGAGUGGAGAUUUGUUUAAAGAAAGUGUUGAGAUUUGUUGUAAAACUCAAAAUAUUUCACUGAAUUAAAUAAUAAAAAAUACAUUUCUCGAAA